CAACAGUUUCUGCUAACUCAGCGCCGAUGAAGACCGAUGAACACCGAACGGCUAAGUUGUUUAAUAACAAUCAAAUCAAUGAAUUUACACAGAUUGUUUCAGAGAUGAACCAGCUGCGCACUAAGGUGAAUCUGGGAGGCCUCCUGCAAGCACUGAAGGACCUGAACAGCAUGCUAGUCAGAAACCAGUUCCUUUCCCAAAAGUUCAUGAUUUUCGUGAACUUCUGCGAAACUUCCCUGGACAGUUAUGAGAAAGCCUUGAGCAAAACUCGCACCCAGUACCCACAGUUCCUGCAGCAGCACCACCACCACCAGCAGCACAUCGGCAAGAAACGCGGCCGCUUCCUGAUGCGCCAGCACAACAUACAUGUGUAUUCAUCAUUUUAAUUAAAAACGAAUGUUUUAUAAAUACAACAAUGGAAAAAAAAUAUGA